UGAACGUUUACAAACAGAAAAUGGUAUGUGAAAAGUGAAAGAGAGAAAUGAUAGAGGUUAUUUUAAGAGGGGCUAGAGAAAGAGAGAUUGUGUAUACGUAUAUGUGUGUAUGUGUGUGUGUGUGUGUGUGUGUGUGUGUGUGUGUGUGUGUGUGUGGAAGGGGCUAAUAGCAUCAACGGUAAUAAUAAUAAUAAAGUGAUGAUGUAAAACUUUUUUUUUUCGCAUUUAUAUUUGUAUUUACAUACUUGUGCUAAUUUACUUCCUUUUUUUCCUUCCUUCCUUUCUUUGUUUAAACCCUUUAAUAUAGUAUCCAUGAACGAAACAACAUCAGGAAGUCAUUUUUUUCAACGUGUUUCAUCUAUUCCAAUUAUAAAAGAUGCACAAAAUAUGGCCAAUAUGACAUUCAUUGGUAGAUUGGCUUUAUCUACUGCAAAGCAUGCUAUGAGCAUGACACAACCACCAAAAUAUCUUCAGGAUUAUGUUAAAAUAGCAGAUGAUUUUGGUUGUCGUUCUUUGGAUGUAAUUCAAGAGAAAGUACCUAUCCUUACUCAGCCAAGUUCUGAAAUCAUGUAUGCCUUUGUCAAGCAACCUAUGAUUGAUUUAAAAGUCGGUAUCUAUUCUACUCUUCAAACUGUAGCACAUCCUGCUCAUGUUGUAACCCAAGGAGCAAGUAAAAGACUUGGUUUGGUUGUUGAUAGCUUUGAAAAUGCCGUCGAUGUCUAUCUUCCUUUAGAGAAUGAAGUGAAUAAUGAAAAUCCUGUUGGCGAUCAUCAACAUCAUCAUCAUCAUCAAGAUGAUGUUGAUGAGAAUCAAAUUAAGAGAGCUUUCAAUGUAAUGGGUAAAGCAACUCAUCGUAUUGGCCAAAGAGUCAGUCAUUCAUCUCCUAAAACGCGUGAGGAAAUGAUAAAGAUGGCUGAAAAUAAUUCGUAUAUCAAGAAAAUACUUGAACAACUUAUAUUCUUCAAGGAUACUAUCAUUCAAAGUAUGAACGUAUAUGGUACUGCUGCUGCAGAUCGAUUGCCUGUCUCCGUUACUGUCUAUGUUCAUCAAACAACCCUCUUUUUCACCCAGGUUAUUUUAAAACUUUAUAAUCAAUUAGGCAGUCUUAAAUCUCAAUCCUCACAAGCUCCUUACUGGUUGAAGCAAAAAUUAGAACAGGUUUUAGAAUUAGUUUAUCAACAACUUGGAGAAAUUGGAAAUGAAUUUUUACGUAAUGAUAUUAGUACUGUCGAUAAAUUUAAACAUAUUGCAGGCCGUAUUAUGAUUCCUCUUCAAAGUAUUGUUUCAUAUAUCAAUACUUAUAUUGAAUCUAUCAAACAUCAACUAAAUUAUCGUGUUCAUUAUUUUGGUUUAAAUCAAAAAAUCAAAACUCAAUAAUCAUAUAUGAGCGUAUGUACAGAUAUAUUUAUAAAUAUUUAUAUAUUUAUAUUUACUCUUGCUUUUCUAUAUACGCAUAUAAAUAUAUGUUUUCUCCUUUUCUUUCUUUUUGUGAAUAAAUA